GAGAAACGACCUUGGCUUCUUCUUGUAAUAAACGAAUCAAAACACGGAACCGAUAUGUUUGGCGAGUUCUUCUCCGAACCGGAGCAAACUCAAUAUCACUAUGAAUCGAAAAGAUUACAAGCCUCGCACUAGUUGCGUGUUCUAUGAGAGAUUAUUGUUUCUAUGUUGUGUCUAACAAGAAAAGAUGAGACCCCUAUUUAUACAAGUAGAUCAUAGGUUCUCCUAGAUAGAAAAAAAAAAGGAAAAACGUUUUGAUCCUAGAACUAAAAGGAAAUACUUUCCUUUUUAGACUAAUAUCUUGAUGUCUUGUUUUAGGUCCAAAACCGAAGCCCAUGAUAAGCCCAUCAGAUGGCCCAAGAGGCACCAAAGCCUCACAUUCUCCACCUUGACUCUUUGGGACAUUUCAUAGAUUUCUCCGUCUCUCUUAUUCUUCCUUUGGCGACCAGAAACUUCGACGAUCUCACCGUCUUCUCCGAUGACCGUUCCUCGACGCCGCUUCACCGGAGUUGCAUGCUAUCUCCGAUCCUCGCUUCUCUCUCUCGCCCCUGUUGAUUCCUCUCUUCCUCUCUUCGAUUCCCUGUGAACCAAACACGACCACGACUUCGCCGUCGUUCGUCUUCACCGACGUCAGCUCUCACCGCUUCCGCCAUAGAUAUCUCAGCUUGUCCCUUGAUGAAUCCAGCAACACCUUGACUUCGUGAUUCACCGGUGACAAAAUUCCUCUUGCUCACCUCACGCCGCCGUUAAAAACCAAAACCAGACUUGUCAAAGUCCAAAGCUUCGUGAUGUCGAUGUCUCUUCACCACCUUAGCUCCCUUAGCUUUGCUUGCUGCCACACGUACUCCUUCAGACUCUUCGUAUAGACAACUCUUGUCUACAACCAUUAUUCUUCAAAAGUGAACGAGUCGACAGCCUUGUCACCUGCAGCCACACGAGACCUACUAAGGCAGAACCUUGAGGAUCUCCAAGCAUGUCUCGAACUUCUGUCCAGGGAGCUGAAGAAGAAACCAACAAGAGUUGGCCUCCAUGGCUUAAACCUCUGCUUCAAGAGAAGUUCUUUGUACAAUGCAAAUUACACGCAGAUUCACACAAGAGUGAGUGUAAUAUGUACUGUUUAGACUGUACCAAUGGUCCUCUUUGUUCUCUCUGCCUCUCUUUCCACAAGGAUCAUCACCCCAUUCAGAUAAGGAGAUCAUCAUAUCACGAUGUGAUAAGAGUAUCGGAAAUUCAGAAAUUUCUGGACAUAACAGGAGUUCAGACAUAUGUGAUUAACAGUGCUAAGGUUGUCUUCUUGAACGAGAGACCUCAGCCUCGACCAGGUAAAGGUGUUGUCAACACCUGCCAAGUCUGUUAUCGCAGCCUCGUUGAUUUCUUCAGAUUCUGUUCUCUUGGUUGCAAGAUCUCUGGAACGUCGAAGAAUUUCGAGAAAAAAAGAAAGGAUUGGACAAACAAUAUUUCAGAUUCUGAUGAUUCGUAUAGCAGUACUACUACUAGUAUCGAGAGACUCAAGAAGAACAAUGACAUUCUUAAUAACAAUAGUUUCACGCCAUCAACACCACCACUAUCGGCCGUAAAUGGCCGAAUAGUGAAACGAAGGAAAGGAAUUCCGCAUCGUGCUCCUUUUGGAGGACUUCCGAUGGUAAUGUAGAAUUAAUGCUCGUAACACUCACCAGUAGUGGGGGGGGGGGGGGGGGGGGUAUGUAUUUGUAUAUAUAUACCUGUAGUGGUCUAAAGCGAUGUAUAAAGAGAAGCUUAAAGUUGCCAAAAAAAAAGAGAAGCUUAACAUGAUAGUGUGAAAUAGUAGAUACUAAAGGUUAAAAAGUGGGGAAGAUUAUAGAAUGAAGAAUGAAAGAAAUGCUUUUUUAGGCUCAAAGGGUAAUAUGUAAAUACAGAAUACUGUUUGGGGAUCAAAUAAUAGUAAUAAAAGUAUGUGAUAUAAUGCAAAUGUUAAUGAAAUAAAGGCAUUUUUAACAUUCGAUGUACUUGUUUGUCUCUUUUUAUAGUAUCUUAUUUAUUAGUUUCUUUAA